AUCUACAUCGAACAUAUAAUCCUGGAAGUUUGCGACCCUUUUUUUAAAUGAUUGUAUGCGGCCCAUGUGCGGUUGUUGAGGAGGCUCGAAUCUGAAACCAGACCCCCUUCUAUGCGAUGGUUAUGUAUACUUUGUGAUUGUGUCUACCUCUCACUCUCUCUCUCUCUCUGUAUAGUUUUGGUGGUGCUCAGCUUAUAAGAGAGAAGGGCACUUUGAUCGAAAGUUAAUUGAGCUGCUGGGACACUCAAGUACCAAGGAUGUGGAGGCCAUGAAGGAAUUAUAAUAAUCAAACCAAAAGAGGGAUGCAAGCAAAGAAAGAAAAUAUGCUGUUAAAAUAAGUAUGCUGCGGUAGGUGUUGGUGUGUUGGCGCUCUGCCUCAACUCUCUCGGAGCAACAGACCAAAUGAGAAGAGAGACAGACGGGUGCGGACGGAUUCGACUGCAUACAUGAGUACAGUAGUGGUGUUGCGAGUGUUCAAAAAGUCCUCAACAGAAGUGAACAUCAGUCUUGUCUAGAGAACGAGGUGAAUCGAGCAAAAAGUAAACCUCGUGUUUCUACUCCAAUCACCAAUUGGCCUUUAAAACAUAUAUCAAGUGUUACCAACAGUUUUUUUUACCUCUGCCUUAUUGUUAACUAUAUUAACAAUAUAUAAGUGAUUUCUGCCAUGUUGAUAAUGUACAACUCUCAUCGACCUCUACGUUUUUGUAUAAGAGAGUUCUCUUCUCCUCUAGGUGAAUAGAGGAGAAGGAGGGAAAGUACAUAUACAGCGUGUGUUUCUGUGUGUGUGAGAGUAGUUGCCACAAAACUUGGCGACACUGCGAAACGCGAGUGCAUCGUUGUCGUUUUUUCAAGAAUGUGACAGUGUUUCCCCCCCUUUCCCCCUUGUGGUGUGUGAGUGCGUGUACUCUCUUCUUUAUUUGACUUGAAAAUUUCUCAAGAAUAAUGAGGAGAAAGAUUGUUCGCGAUGAGCUGACAGAAUAUGUCAGACAAUGUGUGUGAGUUACAAGGUAACGUUGUCAUGUAGUGCUGGAAAUCGGACAAUUUACUUGCGUUGUCCGAAAACGUUAUCAGUUAGUGUUUUGGUGUAGGACUAAACAAAAUUCAGAGAAAUAGAGUCUCUCUCUCUAAGGGAGUUAAGUUUAGAGUAAACGUCGGGGGGCGAGUGUAAAUCCGCUGGCUGGAUAAAAAAAAAGAGGAGCAAAUAAUAAUUUUCCUGCAUUUCAGUUAAAAAGUACUGGCCCCCAAAUGCGUGUACGAAAACUCCUGUUUCAUGUUCAUGUUCUGGAACAAACGGGCGGUGCUCACUAAACGUCUCCUAAAGGCCAAGGUCUGCGGGGAGCAUGAAACCGAGUGUGAAACUCAAGAGGAUUCGUCGCAAGUUUACGUUGCUGCUGAAAGGGUUUUCCCAACGGAAGACGAGGAUAGACAAGAUCAAGUGUUAUCCAAGGAUAGCAAGAGUCCGACAACGAGACAAGAGAGAAGAAGAAGAAGUCGAAGUGUCUCGAGAAGAUUGCACCACGGUUGUUGUGGAGGUGGUGAUAGAUUACAGGAUGAGGAGAAGGAUAUAAGUCGUUUAACAUUGUGUAAAGAAUUUUUGAAAACGCUCAAGGAAAAUCAAUUAGAAAUGCUUUUGAAUGCAAUCGAAAGUUUUGGCGCCGAUCUUGGUUCCUGUGUUUUGGUACCAAGAAGCCGACUAGACAACGAGCCUCAACAACAACAACAACAACAAGUACUUCGUCGCUCUUACCGUCAUCAUCAUUAUCCUCAUAAUCAUCAUCAUCAUCAUUAUUAUUUGAGACAUCUAAACCAUCAUUAUUCGCAUCAUAGACAAAACAAUGUCUGCGAUGAUAGUUCAGUAGUGACUCUUCCUCCAACUAAAAUCGAGAGGGAACGAUGUCGAACGCCAACAAGAGGAUCCAUGUGUGAUCUACCAUCAAUUGAUCCACUUUUACUGUGUUGUCAAAUUUGGCGAUGGCCGGAUCUUACUCAUUCAUCGGAACUCAAGAAUCUUCCGGUUUGCCAUUCCUCCAAAGAUCCUGUUUUCGUUUGCUGCAAUCCUUAUCACUGGAGUCGACUCUGCAAACCUGAGUCGCCACCACCUCCUUACUGCCUUAUCGCUGACAGAAUGAGACCUGAAGACCGAGCACCAAGUGAAGGGGAUUCUCUUAGAUGCAGAAGCACCACACCAAUACCUCUUCCCGGUUCCCUCACCACCAAUGGAGAAGAAGAGUCUGAACAAAAGGAAUGGUGUACAUUGGCUUAUUGGGAAUUAAGCGGCCGUGUCGGUCGUCUUUAUCCUGUGGAAUUGUCGACUGUAAAUGUCUUUGAUUCUUUACACGAUGGAGAUGGUCUCUGUUUGGCGACUCUCGCUGAAAAUCAUCCGGCGCCGCCUGCGGUUCAAAGGACUCGUAGUAAAAUUGGACUCGGUCUGAUGCUAAGUCAAGAAUCAGAUGGCGUGUGGGCGUACAACAGAUCGGAUAGUCCAAUUUUUGUCAAUUCGCCGACAUUAGACGAUCCGGAAUCUAGAACUUUGUUGGUUUAUCGAGUGCCAUCGGGUUUCUGUUUGAAUAUCUUUGAUCGAGUCAAAUCGACAACGGCGACAUCGACAACAACAACAACAACAGCGACGACAACAAAUUCAGGCUUUACAACGGGUCCAGUAGAUGUAAACUCCGUCCGUAUCAGUUUUGCUAAGGGCUGGGGUCCCAAGUACUCGAGACAGGAAGUGACUUCCUGUCCAUGUUGGUUGGAGGUCCUUUUGGCUCCAUGUAGGUGAUCGUGUCUACAACCGGCAGUAUUCUGCAGGUCAUCAAGCUCAUUUCCCUUGAAGCCUAGAGGGCUCAAAUUGGUCUUCCGGACUCGUGGUUGCUACUUAGUACCAAAGCGCAACGUUGUGCGAUUUGCGAUGAAAGAAUCAGAGGAAGCUUAAUGCACGCCAAGAGACAAAGAGAAUAAUCAUUUUCUCUUUUUAUCCAAAAAAAAAAGUUUUCCAUGAAAGAAAAAAAAAGAUUUUGGAAAGAAGAAGAAAAUAAGCGAAUAAUCGUCGACAACGAAUAGAGCUUUCGAAUGGAUAUCAAAGUACGUUGCGUUUAACGUACUUUUGUUCUUAUUCCGACAACAAAUGUAAAUACGUAAAAUGUAUAUAAACCGUGCCUUCCUUGCUUCCUGUUUGGUGCAAAAAAAAAAAAAAAAAUACAUGAGCACCUCCACCGCUACCUCACGUCUCACCAAACGCCCCAGAGCUUCUUACUACAGUAAUAAUGCUAUUGUGAUAAAAGUGUGACACGUGUUUCUAUUUGCCACGUUAGGAAGCACCAAAACGGUUAUUGAACGAGUCACUUCUUUUUUUUUUUUAUUAUUAUUCUCAAUGUAUGAAUGCGCGCGCAAUAUUCAUUUGUCCCGGUGAAUUAAGGAUCAUUUUUCAUACGAAAAAUAGAGUCAAUUUCCACCUUGUGGAUUCAAUUUGAUUUACUCUCAGAUGAUAAAUUUCAGUCUGCGCAGAACAUUCGUAAAGCUUCGUACACAUGAGUACGAAGAUUUACGAAUGUUGACGAAUUUUCUGCGCAGACGCAAAUUUAUUCCUUUAAUCUGCGCAUAGAUAAAAUUUAACCCAUACGGUGAAAACGUCAUAGCAAAUCAAAAAAUUUUCCCAAUUGUUAAAACAAAUAAUUUGAAAACAUUUUUUGUUAUUGUAUUCUUUUUGUCUUGGAAUAUGCCCUUAAUAAAUUAUCCAAAUGUAGUUUCAAUUUAGUAUAACAAAAAAAUUCAUCAUUUAAUUUUGUAAAUCGCAUAGAACAAAGAAAAGAAAAUUAUUAUUCAUCCAAAUAAACACGUACACACACACACAAACAUAUGUAAAUAUAGUGAACGCAAAUAUUAAUAAUAAUAAUAAUAAUGAUAGCGUAUUCACUCAAUCGACUGAUCGACUCGUAGUUUCCAAACCAUUAGUUAUUUUUGUACAACCGCUUUUAUAAUAAUGUAAAAGCGGACGUUACUUAAUGUUAUUUGAUGUAUUGAAUAUGAAUUUUAUGUAUAUUUUCAAGUGUCACAAGCGACAUAUGUGAUGUUGAUGGCGCGUAAAAUGUAUCUAGAUAGAUAAAUAUCUAUCUAUGUUAGAUUGAUUUUUAGUUCAUCUUUUUCAAAUAAUUGAAAUAACAAUAGGAUAUCUUUAUUCUACACUAAUUUCAAUAUUUAAAUAUAUCUCUAAAGAAUAUUUGUAUUAAAUGAAAAAAAUUUAUAAAUUUAUUUGCAGUAUAAAUUUUUUUUUUUUCUUAAUGUAAAAAUAUAAUUAUUUUUUACUUUCGAUACAGUUUUUCCAAAAGAGUUAGAUAUUCAUUGUUAUAACAAUUAUUUUUGAAUGCGUUUUUAUUUAUAUUUAUAAAUAUACAUUUUGUAAUUUGCAGCGUUUUGUAGAUAAUAUUAUUUAUAUUCUGUUUAACAGAAAAAAUGUCGAAUAAUUGCGUAGAAAUUUAGGAAAAAAAUGUACUGUAAUUAUUGAGAAAAAAUAAAUUUUUUUAAAAAAAAGCUAUAGACUGUUGUUGAAAUUGCCGAGUGCUACAAACGAUUAGUAUAAUAUCGCUGAUAAUAGCAGUUUUUAAAGACGUGUCUAAGGUUUUGCUUUUUUUCUAUUCUUUGUUAUCUUUAAACAAGUAGUGCCUUGUAAACUUGAGAGCGCGAUUGACGAUUUUUUGUAUCUCCAAAUAGUCAAAUUAAGUAUCUUAUUUUAAUAAAACUGAAGGGUAUGCGAAACAUCUCAAAAUGUUAAUUUACUUCAUAUUACUGUAUAGAAAAUGGCAUCUUUAUUUAUAAAAUUUUUUGGACAAUUAUGAAAAUUUUAUGUUUAUGAAGAAAAUUUUCAUUAUUUUUUUUUUGAGACUACCUCGUACCCUGAGCAACGUAACGUGCCAUUAUUAAUGAUAAUUAUUAUAUAGUAAUAAACAUUAAUGUUAAUGAUAUGAAUAUUAACGUUUAAAACGUUUACUGUUGCCGUUUUAACUCCCUAUUUGCUAAAUUGAUGGCGUAAUUCAUAGAUAGGCGUAAUGGAUUUAAGAAAAAAAAACACUUUAUUAGCGUGAGCUAAUUUAAUGUGAUGCGUUUUAUUUUAAUAUUAUGAUUGAAAGCAUUGAUUACGCUUAUCUAUGAUUUAGUUUAAAAUAAAAGAAUCGAUCAUUGAGAGUAAAGACAGCUAGUUUGCCUAGGGAUCACGUCUGUGAAACAUAGUGCCUUCAUAGCGUUCACUGUUAAUUACACUAGUAUUUAACAAACGAAAUUUUUACUAUAACCAUAAUAUUGUUAUAAGUCUCAAAAAAGACUACUCUCAUACUGAAUUAAUUAAAUUUUUACAUUAAUUUAUUUCAGAAACAUUUUUUUCAAUUUUAAUUUAUUAUAAAUUAUUACAGAAUUGAAAUUAUUUCAUUGAUUAGAACAAGAAAAAUAAUGAAGUAAAUUAAUUCAUCAUUUUAAACAGUUGAGUGGAUUUUUUUUUUAAAGAUGACAAAACGAAUCGCAUGAUUUACAAAUGCUGUAUGAUACUUUGGGUGUUUGAUCGUUCAAUUCUAUGUUCUAGUCAUUUUGGAAAACGAAAAGAUUGUUAUCGCGUUGAAAAUUAAUUUUCUUAGUCUAUGCAAAUUGUUCUUUUUUUAUUUGUAUUUAUUUUGUAAUUAUUUUAUUGGAGAGGGAGGGGGAUUACAAUUUUAUAGAAAACGAAAGUUUUUCUUUAUUAUAUACAUUUUUAAAGAAACUUAACUAUUUCAUAAAAUAAAUACAAAAUUGAGAGACCAUAUUGUAAUGCGUAAUUAAUCAAAGGCACUAUUUAUAUAAGUAACAUUAACAACGAAUGAAUUUCAAUACAAAAUAGAAAUUCGCAAUUGAAAUUCUUAAGAGAUACAAAGUGAUGUUUGACAAUCCUCUAUUAAAAACAUAAAAUCUUUAAAUUUUGCAUUUUUUAGAAGUAAAAUUCAAAGAUUUCUUUUUAUGUAGUCAAAAUUUUUUUUUCUAAUGCGAUCUAAAAAAAAAAUUUAUUACGUGAUAGAGAAAAAAAAUUUUAAUCAGAUAUUUAACUUGAUAGUAAAAUAAAAAUUAUUUUUUUAAAUCAAAUUAUUGUAAACAUUUUCUUUAAAGAAACAUUCUGUUAAAUUAUAGAAAAAAAUCGUUAAUACCUUAGUGGAUUAUAUAAUAAUUGCUUAAAUUAUGUAUAUAUUAAUACUGUAAAUAAACUUCACACAUACAAAUAUACAGGCAUACAUACAUUCACAUUACACGCCAAUACAUAUAAGAACUCUUAUGUAUUCUACUUGUAAAUAUUAUUUCUGUAGUAAUAAUGCAGAUAAACGUUUAAUAUGAAAUAUUAAUUUAGCGAAAAUUAGUAAUAUCAUAUAACAAUUGUAAUUAUUUAGUUACAAACUCGAAAACUUAUAAUAUUUUAAAUAUUAGUGUAUUCAAUUCCAACCGAUGAAAAAACACGUUAAGUGAUUACGACGUAUCAAAAAUCAAUGGAAAUUGUCCUUUUUCAUUUUUACGAAAAAUAUAUGAAAUUAUGAAUUUGUA